GCGUCGGGCGCUCGAAACAGUAGACGAUAGAGAAGAAUCGCAACGCGUGGGUAGACGAGGGCGAGUGCAGUGUGCAAGUGCGUGCGGGUCGUGUGUCGCUGAAAGCUCGCGCUGCGAAGCCUCCGAGAACCGCGGCUUCGGGCGAGCGCCCGCCUCGCGUCAGUGCCGGCCCGGCCGUGCCGUAGGCAUCACGCUCCGCUAUAUAACAACAGUAACUGUUUAUUGCUGGACCACUGUGUCACUAUACUCUAACGAAUAUCCUCUAAGCGACUCCGAGCUGCCUACAGAGUGAACGCGGAAAAUUUGUAUCUGAAAGUGAGACGGGUGGCGGCAGAUGGAUCGGAGGCGCGCGGCGGCAGCGCUGCUCGCGCUGGCCGCGUGCAUCGCGUGCUCAUCAGCAGCACCGACAGCUAAUGACCAGACUGCGUUAGAGUUAAUGGAUGGUCCGACCGAAGGAUGUUACUACAACUUCCAGCAUUACGGUGAAGGCGACAGGAUUAUGACAAACGAACCCUGUCUCAACUGCACGUGUCACAAUCGGAUGCUUAUGUGCUACUUAAGAGUAUGCCCAUUUACAAAGCCUAUUGGCCAAGAUUGCACAGUGGAGAAACGAGCCGACCAGUGCUGUCCUAUCGUUACUUGCCCUGACGUUCCAGUUGACUUACUCACUUCGACUUCGACAUCUUCGCCUGCUGAAUAUGGAACAACUGGUGUUGGAAAACUUGACAAAUACGGCUGUAGUAUUAACGGAAAAUACUUCUCUGAAGGUGCUAAAGUACCGUCGACUCCGAAUAAACCUUGCGAACAUUGCUACUGUAUUCGCAAUAUGACGACGUGUGUUAUGCAAGAGUGUACUUUACAUGUGGAUGGCUGUACACCUAUUUAUCAUAAGGAUGUAUGCUGUCCAGUACGGUAUUCUUGUGAUCACCCAGAAGACGAAAUCCUUCUGCUGGACGAUAUGACCACGACUGUACGCCCAACGCCAGGGUUCCUAUUGACAACGACGACAGUAAUGCCGGUUACGCAGAUUAGCCAAGAUUGCGUUCAUGAUAACCAAAUAUUCCCAGAUGGAACUUUAAUCAAAACGGAAAAAGCUUGUGAACAUUGUUACUGUAUGAAAGGAGAUAUUGUUUGUGUGGUACAGGAAUGUGGAACACCAAUGGAAAAUGAAGGUAAAAAUUGUACUUCGCUUCCUCCGCGACAUGGCCAAUGUUGUCCAGAUACUUACAUAUGCGAAGGGGAUGACCGCGGUACUGAAUUAACCACAGAAAAUGUUGACCUGUCUACAUCUCCACCUAGAAGAGUUGGAGUUGAAGGAAGUGGAUACAGGAAUGAACCAGACGAACCUUUCACAGAGAUAAGUCCGUUUGAAACUGAUAUAGAAGGUAGUGGUGAAGAUUAUACACCAGUUGGCUUAGUAACCAAAAUAGAAGAUGUUAUUACUGAGAAAGCUACACCUGACAUUAUUGACGAAAUUUUAUUAGCCACAACUGAAAAAGUAAACAUAAUCCAAACAACUGAACCUGAUAAGGAUCAAAACACAAUUCCUGAUAUAAUUUCAGGUGACGACCAAUCAAAUAUAAUAGCACAAUCGACGGAAGCAAACGUUGAAUCAGCUACAGUAAAGGAAUUAAAACCUACUAUUUCUGAUGACUAUGUAACUGUGCAUGGAUCAACUUCAAAGGAAGAUGAUUUUAUAACGACUGAAUCAGCGUUCAGGAAAGAAGAUAACAAUAUUGUUGCAGAUGAAAUUUUAACCGUCAAAGAACACGAAGAGUUGCCGACUACUUUGGUUGAUUUAGUCGAUGAAACAACGUUCAAAGAUGAACACUUAUUAGAAGUAAGCACAAAUGUUAAUUUACAUCCUGAGUCUCAAAGUACAACACAGUCUGUAGAAAUGUACACUGAAGAUAUCGAUGAUAUGAAACAAAAAGAAGCAACUACUCUAGAUCAAUCAAGCACUACUGAAAGAGUUAAGCCUAAUAAUGAAGUCCCAGCAACCUCUGAAGAAAAUGUCUCUAUUGGUGUAACAACAGUUACUACUGAUAAAACAGACGUACCUGAAACCACUUCGGUCAACCCAGUUAUUAACGAAAUAGAUGACAAUGUUCCCAUUAUAUCUGUUCCUGGUCGAAUACCCGGAGAAGGAGAUUGCUUAUUAAAUGGAAUAACAUACAGCAAUAACACAAUUGUACCAAGCACUAACAAUUGCCAUACUAGUUGUAAGUGUACUAGCAGUAUAAUAAAAUGUGACCCAAUAAUUUGUAGUUCCCCACCAGAAUAUAUGGAAAAUAUGAGUGAUUGCCAACCCAUUUACGAUUCUCCCGAUGCUUGUUGUCCUACAUAUGUUUGUAGUGCUAAGGAAACGAUUCCUCCACAAUCUCAUAAUCAAAUGUCUGGCACAGAAAGUCCUAAGCCAAUUGCCCCAGGCGAAUGCAGUGGUCAAGAUUGCAUAUCAGAUGAAGAACAAAAAGGCAUUUCUGAACCACCAAGCAAGUGCAAAACUGAUGAUUGUUUGAAUAAGUCAUCCGUAAAACAUGAACAAAGUGACUGUGACUUGAAUAACUGUGAUGAUCAGUCACAAAAGCCACCUGCAAAACAAGAGUGCUCCGAUAGUAACUGUCCAGUUUCGCCUGUCAUAGCUUGUGAAGGUGACAAUUGCUUAACUGAACCAGCUAGUGAAAUAGAUUCACAUAAAUUACCUGAUUUAGAAAAUACGUCGCAGCUAAUUUGUAAUGAAAAUGGUGAAUGUAAAAAGGCAGAAGUGGACUGCAAAGAUGACAUUUGUGUCAAACAUGAAAUUUCUGAAACAGAAGUAAAGGCUCCCUCAGAUUGUACAGGAUCAGACUGCAAAACACAUGAGGAACCGGAAUUACCAUUUAAAGAAGAACAAGUUACAGAUUUUACAACUGAACGAAUGGCCAUUGACAAAGUUACACAAAUUUCAUUAACUGAAUUAGAUGUUGAUACUGAAUACCCAGCUAAAACAAUUUCACCUCUUAUAGAUGACAAUAUAUCUACAAAUCCAACAACGGAAGUGGUUCAUGAGAAGGAAGCUACGGACAAAUUAACGACAGUACCAGAAACCUUUACAAAUGAAUCGCCUACGAUUCAGAGCAUAACAGAAAAAUCUGAAGUUUUAAUUAGCACAGAAAAAGCUGAUCUGGAUUCACAACCAAAAGACGAAUUUAUACAAAUGACAGAACAGCCAAGUUUCGGACAAGAUGCCGAAAUAUCAGAAUUACCCGACAGUAAGGAUAAGGCUACUGAAGUAACUGAAACCGAUCGAAUGACAACUGAAAGCGAGGUCAUUUAUCAUGUUACAUCGGAAUCUACAAAUAAAAUGUUUGAAGACAAUGUAACAGAUAAAAUGGAAAUCACAACUGACAAUAAUGAUAUUUAUGCAACAGUGCCAGAAUCUGUUACUGAAAAGGAAAAAAUAGAUUCUGAAAUUCCGAAACGAACUGAAAUUGAAAUCGAAAAAUCAACUACGCCUGACGUUCACCUAGAUGAAAUUGAAAAAGAUGGAACAAUUGAAGACGUUUCAGAAACGUAUGGAAUAAAAGAUGAAAGGACUACGUUACCUGUGCCCAUUGACAUUAUAACUGAAGCAACAGAAAAAACAUCAAUACAGUUCAAUGAAGUUACAGAAACUAAUGAAUUACCACAAACAACAAAUGAACCUCAUAAGCAAAUCAUCGAAAUAGAAAAAGGUGAACUCACUGAAAUGCCCGAAAUAUAUAAGCCCCAAGGAGAGAUGACAGAUGUUUCAGAAGAUUUUAUAGCUACUACAGAUACUAUUAAAAUUACCACAGAAACAAAUAUAUUAUCGACGGAAGCUUCCCAACCGAUGGAGACGAAAUCCGAUGAAGUUACUAAGCACAUACCUCAAGAAAUAAUUACUGAAAAACAAGAAACAUAUACUGAAUCACCCGAACACUUUACAUCCGAAUCACAACAAACUACAUCUGAAAUAUCUAAACAGCAUGAAGAUACUCUAUCUACAACACAAUAUAACUUAGAAGUAACGGACCAACCCAUUACAGAAAAAGAAUCAACUUCCACCAAGGGUUCUGAAAUUUUAGUGACCAAGUCUGAUGAAAGCACUCAUGAUAUUGUACAACAUGUAACAGAAAGUGAUGUAAUCCAUGCUGAAACAACGGAGCAAUCAAUUGAAGAAUCAGAUGAUACAUCAAUUGCACCCAUUACAGAAAUGAAAACCGAAACAGCGGUAACAAAUGAAGCAUUUACUGAAACACCGGAAUCUGAUAGCACUGAAAAACAGGACACAUAUACAGAAGUUCCAAAAAUACAUACAAUUUCCGAAGAAUCAAUGACCAAGGACAAUGAAAUAAAACAAAACAGCAUCACAGAAUUACCUACAAUGAUUUCAACAUUAGCGGAAGAUAAUAUUUCCACGUUUAAAACAACAGAAGAACAAGACAAUCUUACAAAAGAACCGGUAAUUGAGAAAGAUUCUCAUGUGUCUGAUGACAAUACUAAUACUAAAUUUGACACUUUCGAAACAUCAACAGCUGAAAUGAAUGUAGGUUUUACGGAAAAGUUAGACGCUGGUGUAACAGAAUCUUCUCCAGUACAAGAUAUAACAGAAAAUCUAAUGCAACCUACAAGUAACGAGCCAACUAAAGUCGAUGAACUAGACUACGAAUCUCAUAAGUUAGCGACAACGUUACAAGACAAUUUAAUGACUCAAGAAAUAACUACUCAAGAAGUCAUUGUUGUUACCGAAAAUGAAACAAAAUCACCUUUAGAAAGUGAUAAAGUCACAUUGACAGAAAUGCAAGAAAUUACACCUUCAGAAACUGAUGACAAUGCCAUAGAUACUAGUACUAAACAAUCAUCUCAAGAAAAAGAAGAAUCUCUCAAAACAACUUCUGCUCCUCCUACAAGUCAAAGUGAAACGCAGUAUAUAACCGAACCUCAACAUGUGAAAGAAUCUCAGUCAACGUUAGAUUCUUCAACGAUAACUUCUGUGUUUGACGACAAGCAGGAUGAUUUAACAAAUAUACCAAAAGAAGAAACAGUAACUGCAAUAACCACCAGUUCUCCUCAAGAUAAACAAGAAAUUGAGAAAGAUCCAUCAUUGUUUACUGAGUCUGAAACAACUUUACAAGAUAUGGAGAAAACAACAGUCGGCUUAGUGCUUGGAGAAGAAAAAGAAACUGAGCCUUCACAUGUCACUGAAAGUCUUAUGAAUGUUAAGGAUCAGGAUACUGUCGAACAUGCUACAAGUACAAUCAUUGAUGAAGAAUUAUAUAAAACAACAGAAAAAGCUCUGGCAGCAGAAGAAAGCUUACCUCCAUCAACGCACAAGUAUAGUCCCGUAGAAGAUAUUGCAAAAGAAACAACUUUGGAAUUUUCAUACGAAGUAUCUACAGAAAAAACAACUUUACAAGAUACUUUCGAAACAAGUGCUCCUAUUGACGUAGAUACAACGAAAUUACAAAUGUUUACGAAGUUUGAAGAAUCAAGCACAACGGAAGCUGCACUAGAUAAGCAAGAAAACGAAAGAAUUACUGAACUGCCAGAGUCUUAUAUAACAUCCAAAGACUUAGACUCAACCCCCAUUCAAAAAGAAAAACUAGAUGAGACACAACACUCCGGAUCUGACGAAGAAAUCCAACCAUUUACAACGCCUUCAUCUGUUCAAGAAGAGGAUAAAAUAGUUACAAAAACGCCCUCAUUUACAGAUUUUGAUAGUGAAAAAGAAACAGUAAUGUCAGAGAAGAAUGAAUCCGAAAUGGAUUUAACAACUAAAAUAUACGAUGAUAAAAACUCAGAAACAGAAAAGGACCAAACAAUACUAACAGAUUUGUAUACUACUGAACCACAAACACAGGCGUCUGAAAAUCCUAAGGAUAUAGACUCUCAACAUCAAACAAUCAGUACAGAAAGAAUUAUAACGACAGACAGUGGAGAAUAUUUAUCGACUUCAAAAAUACAUGAGACUACUUUAUCACCAUUAGAAGAGACUGUCAAAGGUGAGCAACAAGGAACGGUGACAGAGAACGUAGUUUACGAAACUGACAUAGUAACUGAAGCACAACCCACUUCACCAAAAUUAGAAAUACUUAACACUGAACCUACAGUUGUAACUACAAAAGCAGAUGAAAUAAUUAACAGAGAAGAAGAAAAGACCACAAUAAAAUCGAUUGUAGAUUUUGAAAAACAUACCUCUUAUCCUCCUGAAUACCAAGCAACCGUUUCUGAACCGAAAGAAGAUAUAACAACUGAAUUAACCCGCGAAGAAAUUUCUACAAUACCUCCAAAUGUAUCAGAACAAGGAAAGGAUGAAUUAGAGGUUACUGAACUGCAUUCAUCUACACAACAAGGACCUUCUACGAUGUAUCCUGAGGUUCAUCAAGAUGAAACAAUAACAGAAAAAGAGAAAUCUACAGAAUCUUUUGACGCAGAAUCUCAUACGAUUACAACUAUUAAGCCUACACUAAAAGAAGAAGAUAAAAUUGAAGACAGCACUUCAAUAAGCUCUUUAACUGAAAAUAAUGUUACAGAUAGACCUAUGACCAGUGACACAGAUUCAAAAGAAUCUGACGUUGAAGAGCAAGAACAUAAAACUACUGAAAUUCCUGUUUUAACUGAAAAACACACAUUGCCUGAUACAAAAGUAAUUACAGAAAAACAAGAUAUAACCGAAACUGAAUCCAUAACUGAGAAAAUAGAGACAACCGAAUCACAAAUAUUGGAUCAAAAGGAAAGUAGUACCGAACCAUCAAAUGAAAGAACUAAAGUACCAGAACAGACUGAAACAGAUUAUCAAAAAAUAACCACUAUAAUUUCAAACGAAAUUGAAACUUCCACGCAACCCACAUUUGAUACAAAACAUUCGCAAUCAACGGAUGAUUCAUAUCGCACAGAACCAACCACUUCAAUUACAGAAACGGAUAAAAAGGAUGAAUGGAUUACUUCUGUUACCAAAGAUGCUAGUUUAAAUAUUGAGACUACUAAACCAGCCAUAGCGGAAAAAGAACAGCCAGGCCAACCUGAAAUAUACAGUACAGAGUCUGUUAUCGAAUUACAAACUAAAGAGCCUGAUACUCAAAGCGAUAUGAAUAAAACAGCGACUGAGAUAUAUCCAACACCAUUACCAAAUGUAAAAAUAACUACUGAAUCAUCUUCAGAAAAACAUGAAGAAUCAAGUGUGACAGAAGAUAAUAAGCAAACAACAGACUCAGAAUAUAAACUUAGUGAAACUACUUCGUUCUUAGUUGAGCUUGAAGAACAUACACACAGCAUUAUAGAUGAAAUUACUACAAGAGCAUCAUUAGAAGAAAUUGUUACAACGGUAAAUUAUGAGUCACAGCAACCAGAACGUGGUGAUCAAAUUCUUGAUGAUUUCAGUACACCCAAAGAGGAAUACCAGACGAGUGAACCUUCGAAAACAACAAAAGAAGUAUUGGAAGAUAUUAACAAAUCAGUUACAAAUAUUCAAGAAGAAAUUGAUGAAAUUAUUAAAACUACUUAUACUCCAAUAAAAACUGAAAUGUCGUUAUUAACUGAAAAAUUACCUACAUCGACGUCUAGUUAUGAGUCACAAGAAACCAAAAAAGAUACUACAGUACAAGAAGAAAAAAUAGUAACACCAACUUCACAAGUAAUUAAGGAAAGCGAUUUCACAACUGAAUCUAUUGAAAUACAACAAACAUCAUCUACAACAUUACCGGAUGUAGAAGCUUCAUUAGACAAAGAUAUUACCUCGGAGAAACCAUCGAAGCCCGAGAUAUUUGAAGAAAAAGAAACUUCAGAAUCCGCAAAAGACACUACGAGUAAAACCUCAACGAGUGAAACCAUGACGAGUGAAACCUCGACGUAUUCACCCCCUCAUAUUACCAAGCCUACAAAUAAGCCAAUUGAUACAACUUUAGCUCCUUCGAUGCCGGAAGUACCUAAGCCCGGAUUUAUUGAUGACAGUAAUGAAGGAAUACCAUCUCCAGAUUUUCCUCCGACUGGUGGCUACGGACAAGAACCUGAUUAUAUUGAUGAAGAUCAGGCAUUUGGACCGGGAACCUGUCGGUAUGGGGGCAAAGUUUACGUCUCAGCCCAACAAAUUCCACGCGACGAUCCAUGUGAUUUCUGCUUCUGCUUUAGAAGUGAUAUUAUUUGUCUACAACAAAGUUGUCCACCACCUAUUCACGGAUGCCAUGAGGAACCGAUACAAGGCUUUUGUUGUCCACGUUAUGAAUGUCCAGUAUCAAUGGCAACCACUCUUAACGUUACUACAACAACAACGACCACAACUACAACUUUACCCCCACACUUCCUCCCGCAUGCUUAUAAAGGCGCCGCUCAACGAAGAGGAUGUCAAAUUAAGGGUCAUACGUAUAAGGUCGGAGAAGUCGUUCGAGCCUCAUCAGGACCAUGUUUGCAUUGCACAUGUGGAGGUGAUGGCCAAAUGAAAUGUGAUCCUAAAGCUUGCACACCGGAACCAAUGUUGAGACAAAUGAUCGCGGCCGCUGUUUCCGCCAAAAGACGAAGGUGAAAUACCUCAGAGGUAUUUUUAGCUGCAUGAAGAACAUCAUAAAAGUUAACAUUUUUGUGAUAGCAAUUUUCAUGUAUUCUUUUAUGCACAAGAAUAAUGCUCAAAUUUCGCGAUGAAUUAGAUUAAGAUUUCGUGUCAUAUGUAGUAAUCGCUAUUAUUUUACAAUUUAAAUCCAUAUUGUCGUGGCACGCACAACCAAUAAUUUACAAUAAGUCUACCAUGACUGUGAUUAAAGUAUAAUAUAUAAUAAUUUUCAAAUUCUCAUUUUAAAUUUUGAUGUGUAAUAAAUGUUUAAUUGUUAUUAAUAUUUUUACAAAAGUCAGUGCCAAACGAUAGCGCUAAGUUGUAACGACUACGCCCUUAUAAAGAUGUUCUAAAUUUAAAAUAUUUAUAAAUGUAACUGACCGUAGAAAGCUGUGCCAACUAAUUACAGUACGGAUGUAAUAAAUUACAAAUACAAGCUUCACGGGUCAGCUUAGAUCGCCGAAAUCUUGACCAUUUUACAUAUUAUAAACAAAAUUUUUUACCCAUAUAAGUUUAGUCAAUUCUUUAUUUUUACACGAUGUUAUACAAAAUAAUCUAAUAUCGUGUAAAUAUGAAGUAAAUUAAGGAUUCCAGAUGUUGUAAAUGCCUUACUUAAUUUGUAAUAAUUUAUAUAUUUUAGAUGUAUAGUACUUAAGCCAUGUUUCGAGACCAGUGACUACUUAUUAUAAUUUAGGAGUAAAACAAGGCCCUUUUCGAUACUUUGGAAAAGUUUCAGUCGAUGCAUCGAUUUACGAUACAGCCUUGGCCGUCAUUUUUCUUAUUUUCGCGUCUUAGAGAAAAUGACAGACCACUUGUUUUCUCUAAUUUGUGAGAUUUAUACUAGCACUUGUUCAGUAAUAGUGGCCGAUAAUAAUCGUUUUGGAAAAAUCUUUACAUUAAAACUAAACGAUAAAGUAGAAUCUUUUAUAACUUUUGAUAUAAAAGUGCUGGUAGUAUAUUAAUGUUUGAUACUCAGAUCGAGGUGGGUACGGAGGUUUCUCGACUAUUGUAAUUGUUAUUCGAUUUAAAUGAAAUAAUCGAUUACAUUAAUUCGUACCAACCUUUUUCUGUAUAAUGAGGUUGUAGUUAUAUCUCCUUAUUUAUUUAAAGUUAUAGCAAUAGUGAUACAUAUUUGUUUAAACUGGUGAUAAUUGUACUGUUUCUAAAGUUGUCAAUGGUUAAUAGAAGUUCAAUAUGAAAUGUAAUGUCAAUUAUAUAUUAUUUUGUUCGUUUUAAUUAUAUCUUUUACCGAACAUUCAUAGCUAGGUUCUAGCUGCCUGUACAACUUAUGCAAACGAGU